AUGGUGAACUUUAGCGUGAAUGGAACAAUGUAUAACAUGGGAUACUAUCUAGCAGACGGUAUCUAUCCCCCGUGGGCUACAUUUGUGAAGACCAUCCCAAUGCCGCAAGGAGAAAAAAGGCAAAAAUUUGCGAAAAGACAAGAAGGAGCAAGAAAGGACGUUGAACGUGCAUUCGGCGUUCUCCAAUCUCGGUUUGCAAUAGUUCGUGGUCCAUCACGCUUUUGGCAUCCGAAUGAGAUGAAGUCAAUAAUGUAUGCUUGCAUCAUAUUGCACAACAUGAUUGUUGAAGAUGAGCGCAACACGUACCGAGGUAAUUUUGUUUAUGAUCAGGUCAAUAAUGACAUAUUGGAUGCUGAAGUAGUAAGUGGUUCUAUUCCCGCUUUUAGAAAUAUCUUGGAAAGAAGAGCACAUCAAAUUGAUAGGUCAAUUCAUCACCAGCUUCAAGCAGACUUGGUGGAGCAUAUUUGGCAGCUUCCCGAAAACGAGAAUAAUGAAAAUUAA